AUGUUUUUACACGGUUUGGCCAUGAAUCAAACCGAGCUUCUUCAUUUCUUCAUUUCUGCCGUCGCCGCCGUUCGUUCCUUCCUCUUCAGUCGCCGUCGCCGCCCUUCGUUCCUUCCUCUUCAGUCGUCGUCGCCGCCGUUCGUUCCUUCCUCUUCAGUCGUCGCCGCCGCCGGUCAUUCCGUCUUCUCCACCUUGAUGAACAAUGUAUACUGUGUGAUGACAAAACCAAAUGGGGCUCUUCUACCUAAAUUUGCAAUGUUGAGCAAUUUGAAACUUGGCUUUGUUAGUGUUGAAGUUUUGUUGGGCUUAAUUCAAAACGCUCCUGCUCUCAAUACUCACUUUUCAAGGUUGGGAAUAUUGAAAUUCAACCAUGAGCUUCUUAACUCUGCUGCUGUGCCAGAUUGUUUGACAUCCAGUCUCCAAGUUGUGAAAUUUGGAUAUGUCCGUGGAUACGAGCAUGAGCUUUUAUUAGCUAAAUAUUUAACAACCUAUUCAAGCUCUCUUCAUCCUUCGUCGUCCUCUCUUCAUCAAACUGUAAUUUACAUUCAGGGUUUCGUUCUCAAAGUUUCUUGUUAUUACAAAACCCUUCAACAGUUAGCAAGAACGAAACCCAAGGGAUUUUGA